AUGCAGCUUUUUGUCCGCGCCCAGGAGCUCCACACCCUCGAGGUGACGGGCCGGGAGACUAUCUCCCAGAUCAAGGCUCGUGUCGCCGCGCGGGAGGGCAUCGCUCCCGAAGACCAAGUCGUGCUCCUGGCAGGCACGCCCCUGGAGGAUGAGGCCACCCUGGACCAGUGUGGGGUGGAGGCUCUGACCACGCUGGACGUCGCCGCCCGCAUGCUUGGAGGAAAAGUCCAUGGCUCUCUGGCCCGUGCUGGGAAAGUCAGAGGACAGACCCCCAAGGUGGCCAAGCAGGAGAAAAAGAAGAAGAAGACUGGUCGGGCCAAGCGACGGAUGCAGUACAACCGGCGCUUUGUCAAUGUCGUGCCCACCUUUGGCAAGAAGAAGGGCCCCAAUGCCAACUCCUAA